AUGAAAGGGGAUUGGUUGGGUGGAUGGGGGUGUUUUGAUAUUUUUGGAGGGGUGGGUUUUGUUAAGGGGGGUUUGGGAUUAGAGGAGGUGGGGGUGGGUGAGGGUGGGAGAUUGAGCGUAUGGGGGGAAGGGGUGGUGGGUGAAUGGGUGGGAUGUGUGGGGUGGGUUGGUGGGAGUAUGGGAGGAUGGGUGGGUGGGUGGUUUGGGAGUAUUGGAGAUGGGUGGGUGGUGGUGGAGUAUGGAGGAUGGGUGUGGGGUGGGUGUGAUUAUGGUGAUGAUGGUGGUGGGUGGGUGGGAGUGUUUUAUGUGAGGAUGGGUGGGUGGUGGUGGGAGUAG